AUGGGCACCGAAGAUGAUCAAGCUACAGAAAUACUUUGGGAGCGCUACUCGGAUGUACUUGAUGAACCUAGAAGAAUGUUACCACCUCUUGCUGGCUUCGCCAAAAUGCCCUUGGUUUCUAUUGAAGAAGCUGUUAAGCCGCUCGUUUCACAUGUAUUUGGUAUUGAGAUUAAAGCAACUCAAGUGAAAGAAGAAUGUAAAAGUCUAUCAAACGAUAAACUUUCUAUCGACGAAAUGGCCUCAAUCAGAUUGUAUACGAAGGAAUGGUCUCCACGUGAUCGAUGUCUAUAUGUUGUUCUGAAUAAGAGUCUACGUGCCGAAGAUCGUCAAGAAAUGAAACCGUGGUUUCUUUAUUUGCGAUUGAUUAUCGGCGCAUUUUCAAAAAUUCCAUCGACUCGAUGCCAUGUUUUCCGAGGAGUGAAAUUGGACUUGUCGCAGCAGUAUCUUAACAUAUCCGGGUUGGUUUGGUGGAGCUUCAGUUCAUGCACAAGUGUAUUGGACGUACUCAAAAAGCCUUGUUUUUGUGGUACAAAAGGCGAAAGAACUAUCUUUGACAUUAUUUGUCAUUCUGGCAAAGAUAUUAGUCGGUAUUCUACAUAUCCAACUGAAAGUGAAAUUGUGCUUCUUCCUGGCACAGAGUUCAAAGUAAUUGGAUGCCUAAAUCUUGGCCAUGGACUUCAUAUGAUUAAACUGCAACAAAUCGAGCCACAAUUUCCUUGGCUCGAGAAAAUACCUGGCGAAAUUUCUACAAGCGCUGAAUUCGAUAUUUCAGAAAUUGAUGUAGAUUUUCCACCUGUACCACCCAUCUCACCUAAUAAGGAUGCAGACAAUCGAAAAGAAUCUGUCGAGCGUUUAAUCCAAGGCUAUCCACCCCUUGGCCGAAUAGUCUUAAGCGGUAGACAAUUAAGCAAUCAAGACAUGGCCGUUGUUGCUGAACAAGCAAUUACUAAGAAGAAAUGCACAAGCCUUUCUUUGCAGCAUAAUGAAAUAAGAUCGGAUGGCAUGACAGUCCUAGCGAAAGCAAUUCAUGACAGUAUUACACUAGAAGAAAUAGAUUUUAGUCAUACGAAUAUGACAGACGCUGUAUUAUAUGAAUUGGCGAAGGAGCUAUCUACUCACGAAACGAUCAGUAUUAUUGCUUGGACAUUUUGUAAAAUAGGAAUAAAGAAAAAGGUCGACAAGGCGCCUAUCAAGACACUUAACCUUAGUAAUAAUAAGGUCAUGGAUGAAGGUGCGAGAUACUUGGUAGACGUAAUCAAAGGCAAACCAUCAUUGACUGUCCUGCGUUUGGAUGGCAAUCUCAUAACUGAUGUGGGUGUGAAAUUAUUAGCUGAAGCGCUGUCGAAUCCGAGAGCAUGUCUGAAAAAACUUUACCUGGACAACAAUAAACAAAUAACUGACGCCAGUGUGGAUGUUCUCAUCAGUAUGUUCAAGGCAAAUGAGUCUCUGGAUACCCUCUGGUUGACCGAAUGUAAACUAACUCAGCAUGGACGACAGUCUCUUCGACAAGAAGCCGCAUCAAAGCGAAAUUUCCGUUUGAAUAUCGAAAACUUCAACGAAGUCUAA